AUGCCCCUCACCAUUGCGCCGGACGCUAUGCGUCGCACUGUACUCGAACGCGCUGGGUUAGACGCACAUGGCCCUCUUCCGAAGCCGCUAGACAAUCUCAUAACCCGUCUGUCAUCGUUCGAGAUGCGCACACUCUAUGUCAGGUCCUUGCCGAUGUCCUCCGUAGCAUCCGUUCGUGCUCAUUCGACGUUCGAUGACUACGCUGUGUACGCUCUACCGCACGCGCUUUUUGCGUAUAUUCGGGAGGCAGCAGUUCUUGGCCUCUUGACCAUUGUUGGUAGCGGUCGCGAGCGCUGGAGGACAUAUGUGGUGGGCGCGCUCGCAGUGACAGCUGUCCUAGAAUGCUACUGGAUAUCUACCGUGACGGUACGCAUUCCGAAGGAUGGCAGGAACGUGUUUAUGUGGCACGACAACCUGUGGAUUCUGCGUCAACUCGUUUUUCUAUUACUUUCUAUCGUCACUCAUCUAUUGCCAUCGACCAGUCCUCUUGUGGAUCCUGCCUCACACGCACUCGCAACACACAGCGCUCUGGAGCAGAGUGUGCCCCUUUUGAGAGCCGCCGCAUCGGAGUGGUGGGACCGACAAAGACUAGAGGGUGAGUGGGCAAGAUCGGACGAGGCGGUACAGCGAGUUGCCGAGCAGCUGGGGCGAGGAUUUGUGGAAGGCCAGGGAGAAGGUACACUUAGAGUGAAAGCAAAAGAGACAGCAGCUAGAAUAAAAGCCAGCUUGCUCGCGCAACCGGCCUCGUAG